GGCUGGUCACAUGGGCGGCUUGUGCGAGUUUAAAAGUGCUUUAGUUUCUCCCUCAGCCAGAGUGGAGCGAGCCACUGGCAAUAGCACAGGCAGCCUGAGUGCCGCGACCGUGCUCCCUGAGCCCGCGUGCUGGAGCUGUACCCCUCCACACGGACGACACGCGCACACACUCGCACACCCAGGCACGCAGGCAGGCAGGCAGGCAGGGACGCUGCUACUGAGGAGGACGGACGGGGAGAGGAGCCAGCCAAAGCGUCUUCAAUGGCAAACGCAGUGACGUCGCUCUGCUGUGUGGUGCUGGCCGCCGUGGUCGUCGUCUUUGCGCAGAAACGAAGUCUGCAAGGUGCACGAGUGCAGUAUGAACGCAUGGGCAGUGAUGUGACCAUGCAGUGCGGCACGCUGGAGGCCGACGCCUCCGUCACCUGGAAGGUGAACGGCACGGAUGUCAAGGCGCAGCGGGUGGAGCAGGGAUCUCGGCUCAUCCUCAAGCAGGUGGACCUGAGCUCCAGCGGCCUCUACAGCUGCUUCCAGGACCCCGGCGGCGAGCGGCGCGACCAGAUCAACCUGCGGGUGGGCACUCCUCCCAAAGAUCCCGUGGUGAUGUGCCGCUCCAACACCUACCCCAAGGGCUUCUACUGCAGCUGGCAUUUGCAGCACCUCACCUACAUCCCUACUGAGUUCGAGGUCCAAGUCAAACACAAUCAGAGGUCCCUGGAUGUCCAGAGGGAUCCGAUCCACAAGAACCGGUGUAAUGUGAAGUUCCCUGAACUCUUCUCCACGUUCAAGUACAGGGUGAACGUCACUGCCAUCAACGCACUAGGCCAGGCGUCCACCAUCAUCUCCUUUGACGAGUUCAACAUCGUAAAACCCGAUCCGCCUGAGAAGGUGGUGGCCACACCCAUCCCCAACAACGUGCGGCGCCUGGAGGUGACCUGGAGCAGCCCAAGCACGUGGCCCGACGUGGAGAAUUUCCCCCUGAAGUACUUCCUGCGCUACAGACCACUGAUCCGGGAACAGUGGCAACACGUGGAGCUGUCAGAUAGCACCAGCCACACUAUCACGGACGCCUAUGCGGGGAAGGAAUACAUCAUCCAGGUGGCUGCCAAGGACAUGGAAAUUGGCACCUGGAGUGACUGGAGUGUAGCUGUCCAUGCCACGCCCUGGAUAGAUGAGCCCCGGCAAAGCACCUCCACCACUGAAGCAGAGGUCGUUAUAGAGACCACCCCCUCCGCGGCCCCCCCCUCAGCGAAGCCACAGCUGUCAGUGCCUGUGGACAGCUGCUGCACCCUGGCCGGCUCGUCUCUCCUGCUCCUGGCAUCCACGUUGCUGUCGGUCGUGUGAUAUCGGUGUUUCAUUCCUGUGGAAGAAAAUCGAGGAACAUCCCUGUCUAUUUUGCACAUGUUAAAUGGAUAUAGUGCAUUAAUAAUUUAAUUCAGAUUUCUCACGAAGAAAAGCAUAAACACAAACAAAAAGUGACGAAAAUUUCUACAAAAAAAGAAGAAAAAAAAAAAACAAAAAGCUUCAUGCAGACACGGGACGCGCGUCGGACAGAAGCGAAGGAUCCGGGGGAAACGACUGGAACAGAAUCGAGCCUCAUCCCUCUUCCUCCUGUUCAAUCGAUCGAUUCACUGAUUAUUUUUGAUACUUAGCCAAAAGCUCCAGGAAUGCCUAUAUUUUUCUUUCCCUUUUCUUCUUUGUCUUUUCCUCAGUUUGUCAUACUUUGCAGCUACAUACAGCUAACUCUCCAUGCCAAAGACUUGUCUCGGAAACAUUUUUCCCGAAUCCUUGGCUUCCCGAUGUGAAUUCCAGGAAUCUGCGUCCAGCAACACAGAAGACAAGGAAAGAGAGGACUAACAUUUUGGGGGGAAAUUAGUAAUUAUUUCUUACUUUUUUUUUUCCUUUUUCUGUACAGUUAUCACAAGCUCCAGCUGCGGAAAUAACCAUUACAAUACCGAAAACAGUUCUUUUUCCAUCACCGCUUUUUGGUUUGUUUUCUCCUGUAAAUAUGAGGCAAUAUAGUCAAUAUGAAUAAGCUCCGGUUGGAAACAACAUGUUUUGCUUUCAAACUCUGUCGCCUUUGCAGAUGUGUUUUUACAAUUUUUUUAUAAUCGGUACCACAACUUGAUAUUAUGUUACUCAAGACGUCUAGUUGUGCUUUAUGUAUUUGUUUAUUAUUAAAUGAAAAUAUACAUAUAGGAUCUCAGCUUUACAGACCCUCAUAAUUGCUUAAUUCCCCCGAUCAUAUUUUGUAAACAAUGAUAUGUAUCUUUAACAUGAAAAGUUUAUUAUUUAAUAAUGUAUGUAUUAGGGUUAGAUUCUUGUAACCGGUAUCUGGGUUCUUUUUAUAGAUGUCUAUAAAAUGAGGAGUUGUUCAUUAAAUGUGACCAUUUCACAACGAACUCCA